AUGACGAAACCUGUGCCAUUUGUGGUGGGCCGGGGUUCCACGCAAGAAUUGGUUUUUUCCAGUGAAUCACGGAAUACUGCUAUGAUGGAAGUUCAAAUUCCAUUAACGGACAUUUCGAAAUGUAAAGAAGCGUACUCCGGUGGAUACAAUGUGAUUGACGACCGAGUCCUAUGCGCUGGAUACCAGGAAGGAGGAAAAGACUCUUGUGGGGGUGAUGCUGGGGGACCUUUAAUGUGGCCAAAAGAUGACCAGUACUAUUUAAUAGGAAUAGUUUCUUAUGGAUUUAUAUCGUGUGGUGAACCAAAUAAACCGGGAGUAUAUACCAAAGUCACCUCAUUCAUUGACUGGAUCGUAGAGAAAAUAAACAAUAACUGA